AGAAUUCGUUUCUUCUCCUGAGCUCGUUCAACUCUCAAGGGUUAUCCACUCGUUUGACGCUCAAGGACUAUCAUCCACUCGUUCAAUUCAAUAGCCUACCAAGCAUAUUACCUUAUAAACAAAAUGCUUCCCUCAAUCGUCAUUGUUGCGGCUGCUCUCGGCCUUGCAAAUGCGGCCAACAACUUGAACCCCGUGAGCCCUCGCUGGUCUCUCAACAAGCGACAGGGCGAGUCGUUCCGGCCCGGUGAGAACACUGGCUUUGGAGAGACCUGUGUCGAAGCCUUUGGUCCCGGCUUUAUCGAAUGCCGCCCUGCAUCGGCUACGGACAGCAUGCUCUGCAUCAACCCCGACCUCGGCCACACAUGCUGCAGCAACCUCUGGGGUUGUCCCGCCGACUCUUUUUGCCUCGUCGAUGGCCUCUGCUGCCCUACGGGCCUUGAUCCCGUCACCUGUGCGGCCGAGAACGGCGUUAGCCUCCCACCUAAUUUUGGCGCGACCACCACCUCCACCCCUGAGGAUACUGCCACGGCCACGGCUACGGCCACCGUUCGGACUACUACUACUGAAGCCACGGCCACGUCUGGGAUUGCCCACACUACGAGCACCACAAGAGCACCGAUUCAUGGGACCGGAAGCUUUGGCAAUGGAACAGCAACCCGUACCGCUACCACUUCGAGACCUGUGGUCACCGCUGGUGCUUACAAGGAGAAAGCUGGCAUUGCUGCCGUUAUGCUAGGUCUUGGUGUUGCCAUCAUUGUCUAAGCGCCUGUCUAUGUUCUGGACACUACCUGCUUUACUUAGGUAGCUAUUAGCUAAGGUAGUAGUUGGCUAUAAUGCUUAUGUGUGUACUAGUAUAUGUAGGUAAUCUUGCUGUCUCCAGCUGGCAAGGAACAACUAGACAGC